UGCGUUCUCUGUUAUCAGUAUUUGCUUCUCUGUUAUCCUCACGCUAGGUCUUCUCUGUUAUCAGCCACUUUUUUCGCAGUUACCAGAUGUUAUGGCUGCUUCUUCUUCUUCUUCUUCUUCUUCUUCUUCUUCUAUCAAUCCUCAAUGGAAGAAGUAUGAUGUGUUUAUAAGUUUUAGAGGUGCAGACAUCCGGGAUGGUUUUCUCAGUCAUCUGUACGAAGCUUUGCAUCGAAAACAAAUCUUCACCUUCAAGGAUGAAAACCUUGACAGAGGAGAAGAGAUCUCACCAGCCCUCUUGAAAACAAUUGAAAACUCACUGCUUUCCUUAGUCAUUUUCUCAGAAAACUAUGGUUUUUCUCCAUGGUGUUUGGAUGAGCUUGCGAAGAUUCUUGAAUGCCAGGAAACAACAGGACAAAUAGUAUUACCAGUUUUUUAUAAAGUAGAUCCCUCAGACGUUCAAGACUUGACAGGAAGAUUUGGGGAUGCCCUUGCUCAACAUAAAGAAAAAUUCAAAGACUGUUUAGAAAAGGUGGAGAGUUGGAGCCGUUCUUUGAAGGGAACGGCCAACAUUUCGGGGUGGGAUUCAAGAAUUAUUAAGCCUGAAUCUAAACUAAUUGACGAAAUUGUCAAUGAUGUUCGCAAGAAAAUAAAUCACUCGUUUCUAAGUGUUUACGAUAAUGAUGGCCUUUUUGGAAUCGAUUCUCGUGUGAAGGAAGUUGAAUCAUUGUUAUGUCUUGAAUCUGAAGAUGUGCGUAGGGUAGGAAUUUGGGGAAUGCCUGGUAUAGGUAAGACAACUAUUGCAGACAAAGUAUUUAAUAAAAUUUCGAACAAAUUUGAGAGUCAAUGCUUUAUUACAAAUGUCGGAGAAGAGUUAGAAAAGGGUACUCCAGUUCAGUUACGACAUGAAAUCCUUGGCAAAUUGUUAGGAGGAGAAAAUCUUGAUGUAGGCACACCAUGUACAUUGCGUCAUUCAACUAAAAGAAGACUUCCAAAUACAAAAGCUCUUAUUGUUCUUGAUGAUGUGUAUGGUUAUUUACACCUAAAAGAGUUAGUAGAAGGGUGGAAUUUGUGUGGUCCAGGAAGUAGAAUCAUUGUAACAAGCAAAGAUAAGCAAGUGCUUGAAAUUGUGGGCUGCAAGAAAUAUAUUUAUAAGGUUGAGAAAUUAAAUGAUUGUGAAUCUCUUCAACUCUUCAGCUUCCAUGCCUUCAAACAAACUCAACCCACAAAUGGAUACAUGAGGCAGCUAUCAGAAAGAGUGAUAAGUUAUACUCAAGGAGUUCCAUUAGCCCUCAAGGUUUUAGGUUGCAGCCUUUAUGGUAAGGGUGUGAAAGAAUGGGAAAGGCAUUCUGAGAAGAAGUUAUGA